CAACUCCAGUCUUCAAGCAUUGUCUUCACAUGCAGGCGCGUUCGGCGGAGGCGCUCUGGCUAAGAUGGAGAGCGGCUCCAGAUCUGGCUGCUCCGAGGCAGAGCGUUCGAGUGGGCCAGCCGAAGACAUCAUAUGAGACCGCAACUCCAGUCUUCAAGCAUUGUCUUCACAUGCUGACCGCAACUCCAGUCUUCAAGCAUCGUCUUGACAUGCAGACCGAAACUACAGUCUUCAAGCAUCGUCUUGACAUGCAGACCGAAACUCCAGUCUUCAAGCAUCGUCUUGACAUGCAGACCGAAACUCCAGUCUUCAAGCAUCGUCUUGACAUGCAGAGCAAGCUGGACGAGGAGGAAAUAUGCCGGGAAGAAACCGCAGAAGAAUAUUUGCUGUCGUUCUUGUGUGGUGAGACGACCUGUGAAGCCUGCAUACCUGGCGGUUACCGCGUCUUUUCAAGUUGGGCGUGCUCUAAGAGGCGGACACCGGCGCAGCAAGGGACAUAUGCACGCACGCCAAGGCAGCUCUUCGAACAUGUCCUGUGGGGCUGCGCCUCUGCUGGUCCCCAUUUCACCCAAGAGGAAAUGAUGAAGCUAAUUAGGGCCCAGGAUCAGACCUCAAAUCCUGGCAGUCCAGAGGGCUCGCGAGAGGGCCGCCAGGUUUCACCUGAUGGUCCCCGAGUGGGCCUAGCCAGGAUGACAGCUUCAGCCCUGCAGGAAGCUUCGGUUCACGGUCUCGUUGCAACGGUGGCGCGCAGUACGUGUUUGCCCCGGAGUCUUCACCCAAAGCGGCCAUGAGCAAAAGUUGAACGCGAUCAUUCAUUCAGGGACAGUGGUACGAGCCAAACAUGUCGACGCAUCCACGAUCAACGACUACGAGAGCUGGAUCCCACCAGCGGCUCGCAACUGGCGGCCCGUGCUCGAGCGUCCCUCUUGCAUGGCCUUUUCCAGGGAGAGCAGCCCCGUACUCAAGACUCUAGCCCUGUCCGCGGCCAAGGCUCUGUGACCGCUGCCAAGUUCCAGUGGCCCCAGUUUAUUCCCUUCCCCCAAAACAGGCUAAGGAGCCCCAUUUCUAUUGCAAUAAAGCAUUCGGC